UGGUUCAGUUUAGUAGGCCAGUACCUCCAUUCCCAUUCUGGCAUUCCAUCCCCAUCUUUCUCUGAAGCACAAAUCAAAUGUAGAAAAUUACAGUUCUUUAGUAGUCGCACGGUGAUUAAAGAAAUUUGUUGAUGCGGAGUUUUAGGAAAUGAUUAUGAUCUGAAAGGAAGUUGAUUGUAUAAUUUAACUUCAUUUGUUGAGAAAAGGGGUUUUCCCGUGAUGACUAAAGAUAAAGAGAAGCCACCGGAGCCUCUUGAUUUCUUCAUUUGGACUGCUGUGGAUGUUGGCUUGUGGCUGGAAGAGAUCAAUCUUGGUGGCUAUUGCCAAAUUUUCAAAGAAAAUGGGAUCAAUGGGGAGUAUUUAGAAGGCAUAUCCAUGUUUACAACUGAGCAGAUACUGCGGUUCAUAAGGAAGUGCCACAUGAAAUGGGGGGAUUUCAUAACCUUGUGCAAGGAGCUUAGGCGAAUAAAAGUGGCUUGCUUGAAAGGGGAGCAGAAGGUUCGUCGGCCAUGGUGGGCCCCAUCUUGUCUUUCAAUAGUAUUCGUCAAAUCUGAAAAACGUAACAGGCAGUCCCGGGUUGUUUCAUUGAAGCUGGAACCUUGAUACAGAUACUAAAAGGGAAGUACCUUUCCCUUUGGGGUAAGGAAAAAUCAUGUUAAGGGCUUGUAUGUAUAUACUCUUCUCUUAUUACUUUUGGGGUAAAAAAAAAAAAAAAAAAAAAAAAAAAAAAAGGAACAAAAACUUGUUUACAUUUGUCUGGGGUUUUGCCAACGAUAUUUGGUUCUUCUUUGGAGAACCAUCCAUUUUUGUCAGAACCCUUACGAGAUGAUGUAAUUUGCUUCUUUCGCUUGGAAUUUGUUUUGGGAGAAAAACCUGGAACGAACAAAUGCGCAAGUGAUUAUGUGCAUUUAUGUUAUUCAUAAUAUCAGUAAAGCAUGUACCUUAAAUUGGCUAUAAGUUUAAGGCUCAGUUUGGUAA